AUUUUUUUCUAGCAAUUAGUAACAACGGCUAGAAAAUUUAAAAAGGAUACAUAGGCGUUGGUUUUCACAUCCGCAUCAUUGUUCAUGUUCCUCCAUAAUUGAUCAAUCCUGUGCCCGUAGAGAAAGAACACAGGAACUUGGGGGCGAGAGAGAGAGAGAGAGAGAGAUGGUGGUCCUUGGGUUCGACGAGGUGGCGACCGUAGACGCUAAAGAAUGAGAGACGCAAUCCUCAUCUUUACAUUUUUCUGUCUUUGGCACUUUGCUAUUACUGAGCUUUGAGGCAUUUUUGGCUCUCUCUCAUGAACAAACAAAGAGAAAUGGCUUCCGGAGUUGUUUAUACUUUGCAACCCAGAGGCCCAGAGAUAGGGAAAAGGGCUUCAACGGUUCUUAUGGGAGAUGUUUUGAGGACAAAUAACCGAGUCUUUUUGGUCUCCCUGUCUUCUUUAUUUGGAUUGUCGUCUCUUGUGGACGGACUACUCAAGGUCGUUUUGUUCGAUCAAAUAAGUCCAGGAGCACCAAGCGGGAGGCUGGGACUCCCUCUGAAUUUUGUAGUCGGCGAGGAUUUGGCAGGUCGACAACCUUCGACCCUUGCAACUGGGGAGGAUGACCUCCACCGACCCAUUGUAGUCGGCGAGGUGACUGCACAAGCGCCCGAUGUAGAGGGUUCGGUGGAUGUCAUUAUCCCAUUUGGCCAGGCUAAACAUGGGGGGGGGGGGGGGCCACGUGGAAGCCAUCAGCCAGGUUGUCAAGCGUUUGUCUUGCUUCUUCCACGAGGGUUCCUCUCAUCUGGCAACCUUAAUUAUGGACGUCAAAGAGGCCGUUGAGCAAGAAAACCAAGCCGUUCGCGCGAUGACCCAGACUGCCCUACGGCACGCUCGCGACGAGAGGGACGAGAGGGAACGACUGGAGCAAGAGUUAAGGAGGGUAGGACUUGCAUUGGAGGAGGGUAGCAAGAAAACUAAGAAGCUAGCUGCCGUCAGAAGAGGCUAAAGGAGAAGGUGAGAGGGAAGAUGCCCAGGGGAUGGGGGCUUGGAGUGAUUUAUCUCAAGUGCAAGACAUCACGUACCGCCUGGACAGCCAGCUAAAGUUGCUAGUGGGCAUUCGCGAUACAGCGUGGCACAUGGGUGUUCCGAGGGCCUUGGGUCGAUGUGAGAUCACAUUUUGGAGAGUUCGCAACUAUUUUUCAAACUUUCGAGAAAUAUUUGCGGGAUCUUGACCUUACCCAAGGUUUUGUUGACAGAGAAGCCUUUGCGUUUGCCCGUAAGCUGGGUAUGGACAUGGGUAUGGACAUGAUCCCUAAUGCUUUUACGGGUCCUAACUUCCUGGCCACGUCCAAGUCUACUCCAGAACAUGGCAACCCUAAGCUUGAUGCCCCUGAGGUCGACACUCUUGAUGGCGAGGUCUCUGAGCGUGGUGCUAGAUGUUACCAUGUCCUAGCUUCUCUGCGCCAUUGCUGUUAUUUUAUUUUCCUCUUCUUUAUCUUUCUUUUUGUAAAUGUAUAUAUACAUGUGCGUUGUUGCCUUGCGGCUUGUAUAGUUUUUGAUCAUUAAUGAAACUGCCUUAUAC